GACGCUGUGAUGGCCUCUACUCUUUGAGACUGUCAGUGUGGGCUGGGUUGUUAAUGCUAUUGGACGGUAUCUCACAAUCUCUUCAUGGGAAUAUAAGUUCGUGAUCUCUUCGAGGAGUUGUAUAUCUGUCAGUUUUCAGCUCAUAUUUUGAUGCACAACUUACUCAGAUGGAGCUGCUACAUACAAGGGGAGGCUGCCCAGGCAUAUCAUCAAAACAAAUGUGCAUAGUGUUACACAGAUACCAGGAUCAUGGAUUCAGCUGAUUUAGUGACUGAAACACUUUCAUUUCUUGAUGAAGCAGGAUAAAUAUGGAAACAUCUUCAGAAAAGUCAUCCAAGGCUUUUUCUACUCCUUUGGAGAUUUGUAGCAGUGAUGGAACAACUGUUGUAACAACAUGCAAACAAGAAACAGACAUUGAAUUAUUUAAUACCUGUGAAACGACAGUGACUUCAUCAUCAAUACCAGUAGUGUUUAGCAGUGGAGGAAACAUAUCAGUAUUGACUAGUAAAAAAUCUAAGCUGGGAGCAGUUGAAGUGUGUGCAGAUAUGUACAGUGCAACCACACUUGAGACUGCUACUACUGUACCUGUGGUUCUUAGCAGUGAAGGAAUAAGCAUGGAUGUUCUAGCUGACGUCACAGAGAAGUCAGACAUCACAUCAGCUUCUUUAUCUGCAUCCCUGAUAAACAAAACUGCAGUCUUGGUAGAAACACCCCGAGGUUUGGUAUUGUCUGUGGGAAACGAAAUGAGAGCUGUUGCUUACAGUAAUCUUGCUGACAAUGCAGAUGUUCAGAACAGUCAGCUGCUCUCACUUGGCAACACGUACAUUCCAGUUGCAUUGCUGUCCCAGCAGAGUGGCUUAAUGGAAGACCAAGGAGGAGAGGUUGUCUUUGAAGGGACUGGAGUUGCUGAGGUAGAUGGCGAUGGGAUUGGUGAGCAGGAUGGUCCUAUUAUCUGCACCAAUGAGCUACCUAUGGUCACUCAGCAAGUAUUGACUGUACCAGCCUGUGAUGCUGAAGAACCCAAGAAGAAAAAUCGAGGGUGGCCUAAAGGCAAGAGGAGAAAAGCAACUCCAGAAGUCUGUGGACCUAGAGCUCCUAUGACUGGAUAUGUGCUCUAUGCUAUUGACCGACGACAACAGAUCAAACAAAGUCACCCCCACAUUCAUUUUACUGAAGUCACCAAGAUUCUGGGUCAAGAAUGGAGCAGCAUGUCUCCUGACAAAAAGCAGAAAUACCUUGAUGAAGCAGAGAAAGAUAAGCAACGUUACAUUGAAGAGUUGCAGGCCUUUCAAAAGUCAGAAAUGUAUCAAACACUUAUGAAGAAGAAAAAAUUAAAAGAUGGUGACCAGAGUGAUGAAGCUGGAGCAGUAUUCACAGAUCUGGAGGAUGACACAGAUGAGCUGCAAUGCAAAGCCUGUAACCUCUAUUUCAGCUCUCUCCACAACAAAAAGGAGCACAUGCUUGGACGGCAGCAUCUUCAAGUCAUUACAGACAAACUAGAAAAAGAGUUAAAGAAACAAGAGAAGCAAGAUGCAGCACUGAAAGAAAACCACUCAACUUGCGAAGAUAUAGUCUCACCAGAUACCUCUGUUUUGCUUUCUGAGAACAUGGACAACUCAGAGUCUUGCAAACUGUCAAGCCCAGUUGAUGUCAACAGCUUUAUUGUGGAAUUCAUCCAAAAGAACUAUGGUCGAGAGCAGGAGAUAUUGGCCCUUCGUCAGUCACUGCGCAAAUAUGUACAAGAUAACUGGAGCAUAUGCAAGCAAAUUCAAGAGCUCAGGGAAUGUGAAUCCAGAUUGAGACAAGACAUGAAAAACCUUACAGCACAUACCUCUACUUUAUCAGCACAGAUCAACAAUCUCAAGAUGGUUCCAACACUGUUUGGCAUUGUUGACUUUUGACCAAUAGUGAUACACAUUUAACCGAGAUUAUUUUGUCAUGCUUUUUAUGCAAGUGCUAUCCAUUUCCAGAUUUUGUUGUAAGCAUUACCACUUUAUUGUGUAACCUAUGUUAUGCAGGCAUUCUAGGGGGCAUCUUUGUUUACAGUCUAUAUAUUGCAGUCAAAACAAAGCACGGAAAAAAGUCACCAUGAACAGAAAUUGCGAUAACAGAGGUAGGAUUUUCUAAGGUGACCAGACGUCCCGCUUUAGGCGGGACAGUCCCGCUUUUGACCUUGUGUCCCUCCUGCCCAUCGGGCGGGACGCCCCGCCCGAUGUCCCGCUUUCUGGCAAGUCCAUCAAAUGUCCCGGUUGUCUUCAAAAAUCUGAAUACCGUACGCUGAUUCGCAUCCACGCCUUUGGUUUUGGUUUUUGGAAAGGUUUCCCCCACCUCUUAUUCGGCACUCUUUGUCAGUGAUGAAACCAUAUCAUCAGCACGCGUCCCGUUUUCGCUCCCGAAACGUCUGGUCACCUUAGAUUUUCUAUUUAAAAAAAAAAAAAGACCAAAAGUGUAAGAUUUUUCUGGUCUAAAAUUCUUUUUUUUUUAAAUUUGGCUUACAUUUUCUGGUUUCAUUGUUUUUAGGUAGAAGUGUAGCUGAGUUCAUUUACUUUUGUUCAUAAGGUAACCUCUUUCUGACAUGGUAAACAUUUACUGCUUCAUUUAAUGUCAUAACAAUUGCUCCAAUAAUUCACUUGAUGAAUAGAAAAACAGUUUGCAGUACUGCUUGUAACAGAAAUAUUCACUUAUUCAGAUCUUAGGCCAGUGGUGCCCAACCUUUUCUUGCGGGAGGCUGCUCUGGACAUGAUCUAAAAUCUUGUGGGCCAGAACAUGGCAGUUUUGCCAUAAUCAUGACGUUAAAAAUGAAAUUAUGAUGUCUGGUUAAAAUGAGGGGGCUAGGAUGUAGCACGCGUUUGAGCACCCCUGGUUUAGUCAGUAUAUUCAGCCUACUCCAGUUCAAUCCAGUCCAAGCUGCACUGAACAUGAUUUAAAAAUCACACAAUGUUAAAAAUGAAAGUAUGUUGCGUCUUAUUAAAAUGAGCCGUACAGAUGUGGUUGGUCACCCCUAUCUAAGACACUUUGAAUCUUGCUCUGUCCCUUACUCGUGUGUGUGUGUGUGCGCAUGCGCAUAUGCUCAGUCAACUAAAGUGUGCAUCUGUGUUGGCCAUUUAGUUGCAAUGUAUUUUUAUAUGUGAGUCUUUGUGUAAACAUGCAAGUCUAUAAGAGUUUACAUGCAAGUUGAAAGUUCAUUGUACAAAGUGCCAAGAAAAUUAAAAGAGUAAAAGUAAUGCCAUUGGGUGUUCUUUUUCAAUAUAAAUUAAGAAAUUAUUAAAUGGUGUUUAUCAACAGUAGGUUCUCUACUGUUUUGAUUGCUGUGUGCACAAAAAAAAGUGGCAGUAAAAAUCUGUCAGAGGCAAAUAAUUUUUUUUCAACUUGCACACAAACAAUACAAGAGACUCAGUGACCAGAAUAAUAUAUUAUAGAAAAAGUUCACUACUAAGAUCUUUGGUCUGAAGGUUUCGUCAACUUUCCAUGUGUGUAACGAAGCUCAUCAUUGUAGCCUUCUCUGUUUCGUGCGAUCUCAAUAGCCAAAAACUGUACUCGCACAC